GGGAAAUAUUUGAAAAUAUGGAAUGUUUGAAGGAUGUAAGUGAAUAUUGACAAAGCGAAAUACACUCGGCUUUGCUGAUUUUAAAGAAACAACAAAUCGAAGACAAAAAAGAAGAGUUUACUGAAGUAACAGUGCGAGGCCAGAUUUAUCAGAUUAGCUAAAGGUAGAAGCGAUGGCGGGGCAUAACGAGUCUGAGAAAAAGUCAAGCGAUGCCUUGGAUGAUUUGCAAACAUUCAGAGCUGAAAAUUUGCAAAGUAACAUGAAAGUUAUAUAUUACAGCCGAACAUUUUUGUCUAUCAUUGGUGGGGUAGUUGCUGGAAUCUUGGGAUUCACUGGCUUGACUGGAUUCGUCUUUUAUUUUCUUGUGAUGGCUAUCACUUCAGUUGCGCUCAUAGCUAAGGCAAAGUUUUCCAUCCAUACAUACUUUGACUCCUGGAACCGAGUUGUAUUUGAUGGCUUUUUGGGUGGGCUUAUGUGGCAGAACUAGGGUGCUUCUAGACAGUAUACCAGAAAGCAUCUGGUUUCAAAGAAUCAGGCAUAAAAAGAUUUGCUUUAUCUGCUUUUUACUAUGGUGCUUUUCUUGACAUGAGUAGAUUUGCUUAUGACAUCGUACAUAUAUUCUGAUGAAGAGACAAGGUAGCUGCUCUGUCUUGAACGGAAAAGAAGCUCUGCUGCUGCUGCGCAUUUACAACACCUUUGAGUUCGAAUAUGGCUUUAAUGCGUUGUAUCCAUUACAAACAAUCACAAAUAUUAUUUGUUUGGUGUUGUCUUUGUUUCAAUUGUGUUUUGGUUCAACAAAACCCUUAGUUUAGGCUUUGACUACACUUGGGAAACCUUUGCUCAUUCAAUUUUGUAUGAAUACUGCUCUAUCUUUGCUGGUUGGAUCCAAUGACAACAAUCUUCUAUCUUAGUAUGCA